AUGGAUAAUGUUUGUAUUUUAUGUUGCAAAACAUUAACGGCGGAAUCACCUUGUGUUAAAAAGCCAACAAGACAGGGCUAUGCGACAAUUUUUUCUGCAGCAGAAAAAAGAAAAGAUGCUAUUUCUUUACAAAUAUUGUCCCGAAGAGAAGAAAUAAACGCUAAUCCAGAAAGAUUCAAAUAUCAUAUAAGUUGCAGAAAAUCUUUUUGCAGCAAAAAUAAUAUCGACAAAGUAGUGAAUGUGAAAUUUAAAAUAAACCCUUUAAUAAAAUUAAAAAAAGGCUCCAAGAAGCUUAAUAUUUAUUUAUAUAGAUGCAUAGCAACACAACACAUAAAAGUGCACACACAGAUGUUUUUUUUUUUCCAUAGUGCACCUACAUUUAUUGAUGAAAUUGUAAUUUAUGUGAAUAACCCAAACAUAACCAAAGUAUUUCCAUCAAGCAGCGGUCGUAGUGGUAAGAAGUUUGAUAUAAAAAGUGACUGCUUAAUUUGUGGUAAAAGCGGCACUUAUAGAAAGAAAAACCUAAUAUCUAUUAGUACAGGUACAGGGAGUAGUACCCGAGAAAAGAUUUUAAAAAGUGCUGUACAAAGAGGUGAUGAUGUUAUGCAAGGUAGAAUGAAGUUUUAUACUGAUCUUUUCGCUGCGGAUGCAAAAUAUCACAGUGCUUGUUACGCGCAAUACAUAAGCAAAAAAAAUGUAAUAGCCUGCAAUAGAAAACAAGCUGCUGAUGAAACACAAAAUUCUAUGCAAGACGCUUUUAAUAAACUUUUCAAAAAAAUUGCAGAAGAAAUUUUACAGCAAAAGAAAUGUGUAAAACUCUCGACCCUGUGUAAUUACUUUGAAAAAAUAAUAGAAGAACAAAAUGCAGAUUAUGAGAUUUCAGAAAGUACUGGCAAUUUAAGAAAAAAACUUGAAAAUCAUUUUGGAGAUACCAUAUCUUUUAUUUCAUCUCCUGGAAAACCUACUCUCACCAUUUCAAGAGAACAUGAAUACGAAUUAAUAUGUUCUUCUCUCGAUCAAGAGGAUUCCGACUCAUCUGAGGAAGAGUUUAUACCUAGUAAAUGUGGGGAAAAUGAGAAUAUAGUUUUGCAUAAAGCAGCAGGCAUUUUACGGCAGUCAAUUUUAGACCAUCAAAAAGACAAAACUAAAGUAUAUGUAACUCCGAAAGCCAUAAAUCCUAUCAAUUGUAGAGAUGAAAUUCCGGAUAGUUUGUACAAGUUUUUGACUUGGAUAAUGAACGAAAGAUUUUUUAAUGACCUCUCGGAGGAUAAAUUUGAUGUUAACGUUAUAGCAAUAUGUUCAUCCAUUUUAAACGGUUUCGAUAAAAUUAAUUUUAUCUCUACUCUCAGUUUAGGCCUUUCCAUUUAUAUUUAUCAAACCGUUAGAAGUAAAAAAAUAUUAGACAUUUUAUACAAUUUUGGAUAUGGAAUUUCUUACGAUGAAAUGCGCAAGUUUUUAACUUCCAUAGCAACAGAUCAAAUCGAAAGUACUGAAAGCAACAUCUUUAUACCACAAGGGCUAAUUCAAGUCAAUAAUCAGAAUGACAACUUGAUACAUGCCAGUAUUGACAACUUUGAUUUGAAUGAGGAGACGUUGGAUGGAAAAGCCACAACUCAUUCAAUGGCAAUGGUCAUUUUUCAGAAAAAUUCUGAAAUUUUAAACAAACCGUCAAUUGAGAGACAAACUAAGCGUUCGCUUGGUGAAAACACAAAUUUUAGUUUAGAACAAGAACUUAUUUCCUAUAAAAAACCUACACAACGCCCGGAACCGCAAAAAUUUGGGAAAAAUAUACUGGAGAACUGUUUUUGUUUGAAACAAUCUAAAGGUAUCACCACGGAUAAAUUAUGGAUGAUAUUGAGAUAUAAAAAAAAUACUAGUACAUUUAUCGGAUGGAGUGAAUUCAAUAACAUUAUUUCUAGCAAUAAUUUACUAGUCUCAAAUGUGUUUUAUUAUCCAUUUAUUAAUGCUCCCCCGUCAACUUUCGAUACAAUUUUUACCGCACUUGUACAAUUAGUUAAGAUAGCAGAGAAUAUAGGGCAAGAUCAUAUUGUAGUUACCGCUGAUUUAGCAAUAUACUGCAAGGCACGGGAAAUCUUAUGGAAUAAUCCACCUGCUCUAUCUGACAAAGUAACCAUGCAGUUAGGUGGAAUGCACCUGAUGAUGGCUUUUAUUGCCAGUAUCGGAAGUAUCUUCACGGAUGGCGGACUAAUAAAUAUCCUGGUUGAAUCUGGAGUAUACGCAGAAGCUUCUUGUAGGCAGAUGUUGCAAGGCAAGCAUUUAUAUCGUUCCAUUCGCGGGAUUUUACUAGUCUCAGAUACUUUACACAGACUGCUCUUCAAAUCAAUGGAAUUGUGGCUAGAUGAGAAUCACGGAUUAUCCUUAUUUACUGAAGAUAUGCAAGACGCCCUUAACAAUUUCGAAAAUAUGUUUAAUGAAAAACAUUCUAUCGAUGAAUAUGAGAAGACCCUAGGAAAUAUCUUUAGUAAAUCGGAGGAAUUUAACAAAUAUCUUAUCCAGUUCAUAGAGUUUGGUUGCCAAAAUUCACCAACAUUUAAAUAUUGGUUUUUGUUUAUUGAAGCAGCUGACAUACUACUUAAGCUCCUGAGAUCUGAAUGUAAUGCUGAUUUUGAAUUACAUUUGGAAGCGGUCCAAGAAACUCUUCCUUUUCUCAGAGCAGGUGGGCGUAGUAACUAUGCUCGUUACACUCCUAUUUAUUUGCUAGAUAUGGAAAAUCUUAAACUGAAAAAGCCCAAAAUGUACCAAUACCUCAAAAACGGAAAUUUUGUUGUUAGAAGAACUGACACAAAAAAAUUUAAUUGUGUUGCAUCAGACAUGGCUUUGGAGCAGACAAUUAAACGAGAUUGUAAAAGUUCUGGUGGCGUGGUGGGCUUCACAAGAAGCGAACCAACCUUGGUGAGAUGGCUCAUAACGCGGCAUCUAAUGGGAGAGUACUCUAGUAAAGUACAUGACCUAAUAUCCAAUUUUAAUAAAAACAGUAAGAUGUACAGUAUGUGUGAAAAUCUUAGAGAUGAAGAAGAUAUUAAUAAAAUGUUAGAUUUAGUAGAAUCUACAUGGGUAAAUCCCUUUAAUACAAAUAACUUUUCAAAGGAUUUAAUACAUAUUGCUACCGGUAAAGUAGCUUCAGAUAUUGUAAAGCAGUCUAUUUCUAAUAUUAAAGAACAUGCUUCGCUUAAUGUUAAAAAGUUUGUAGAAGAGAGGCUUUCUUGUGAUGGUAAUGUAAGCUUUUGGAAAGCUGUGCCUCGAGAUCAAACGAAAUUCUUUGCUUUUGACAAAAUUUCCUUUAAACAGAAUGUAGAUCGAAAAGAAACUAACCACCCCAUCGAACUGCUUUCGGAUAAUGACCGACAAUACAAUUUAACGUGCAUGUCAAGCGGCAGUAAUUGUUUACCAGUCUGGGGGCCUCGAUAUGCUGAUGUCCUGGAGAAGGUUCAGUCCUCGUUCUUUAAGUCCCUUUUAAGGCUCCCAAAGAAUACCUCCCAUGCCAUAAUUAGAGUUGAAACAGACAGUCUGCCUCUGUCGUAUUUCGUGUUCAAGUCAACGCUAAACUAUUUUAUUAAACUAUUAGGCAUGGGGAAUCACAGGUUGCCCAAAAUUUGUCUAAAUCGCCAGCUCAAUUUAUUUGGUGGUAAUGCCUCCCCUAAGUUUAAUUGGGCUUACAACUUUUACAGAUGGUUUCAAGAAAUCGGAAUAACCCACUUGUGGUCUUUAAAUAACAUUUCUUUAAAACGUAGUAAACCAGAGAUAUUAAAACAUUUUCGUGAAAGAUGUUUGCAGACCGACUAUCGAGUGGCACGAAAUUCUACGUAUACUUUGUUUUAUAGUCAAUUUGAUUUAAAUAAGCAUUCGUUGAAGUACCUUUAUUCUGACUGUGCUUUUUACAUGAUCAGAGUUAUUACACAAAUACGACUUUGUUCGAGUUAUAACUGCAAUAUAUUCUGGAAUGGCAUAGCUUAUAGAAUUAAUCAAGAAGAACUCUGUUCGGUUUGUAACCUAAGAGUGCCUGAAACAUUUCUUCACGUUCUCUUUGAAUGUCCUUUAUAUCGUAGUGUUAGGCCGGCAGAUUGGGGUGAUAUACCGAAUUUUGCUCAUAAUUUGGACAAUCUAAGCCCUCAACUGUCGUCACCAAAGCUACCACCGGAAAAAGUUCUUUGGAUAGCCGGAGGCCUUCAAGAUGGAAGUAUGAGUAUUAAGGUCAAAAAUUCGGGAGUUACUGUCGAUGAAUUGUUACAGUCUAAUCAUGAAGAAGCUGAUACCCGGCUUAUUUUUCACCUAGUGCAUAGUUCCACUGGGAGCCCCAUUGUUGUUAAGUCAGACGACACUGAUGUAUUGGUUUUAUUGAUCUAUUUCUAUUGGAAUGACAAAAAGUUAAAUGCAUCGGAAAUCUAUAUGGAAAAAGGUCACAACACUACAUCCACUAAUAAAAAACGAUUUGUUCCUAUUCACUUAAUUGCGCAGAACUUACAAAAGCCAAUUUCGGAUGGAUUACCAGCUUUCCACGCCAUAACCGGAUGUGAUACCACUAAUUCCUUCUUUAAAAUUGGAAAAAAAUCUGCCUGGCAAAUAUAUUUUCGGAACCACCAGCAAUUUGAUCUGCACUCUUUUGGAAAAACCUCUAUUGAACAAGGUCUGGACUCUGCUAGAAAGUUUACUCUAUCCUUAUAUAGAAACGAUAAAUGUAAAGAUUUAAACGAAGUCCGACAGAAAAUGACGAAGGAAACGAAGAAGUCUGCGAAAGAAAUUCCCCCCACUGAAGACGCCUUUUAUCUGCAUGUACUCAGAUGUUAUUAUCAAGUUCGUCUCUGGACAAUGAGUCAUAUUGGCUUAGUUGAUAGAUUAGACCCGAAAAAUUAUGGAUGGACAAUUGAUACAAAUAACUGCCUUUCGCCAAAAUUCACCAAUAAGACGCCCAUUCCAGAUGAAAUACGAAAAGUUAUUAGCCUAUUUUGUACAGAAAAGAAUUGCAACAAUAGCAAAUGUGCCUGUAAAUCUGAAGGAGUUUUUUGUUCGAGUGAUUGCAAGUGCAAUAUGAAGUGCACUAACAUUGAGGUCGUAGAGUUGUUAGACGACGCUGAAGACGACUUAUUAGAGUUUUGUUAAAUAUUUAGAAAUACUCAAACCUUUUAUGUUCAUUUAUAUUUACCAAGUAUUGUACUUUUGUUUAUCAUUUUUC